AUGAGCAGACUCUAUUGGACCAGGAGCCUGGCUUCAGCUGCAGUGGCACUCUAUGUAUACAAAAUUGGCAUUCCUGUUGUGAAGCGAGUCAUCUGGAAGGAUGAAUCGCAGCUGAAACCAGGCAGAAGGGAUUUUUUGUCCAAAGAUUAUCAAGAUGAUGCCACCAGAGCCCAAGUUCAUGAGGUUAAGAAAUGCGAUGACGGAAGUGAGGUGAAUGAAGAAACGAAGCAAGACUACAAUGAUGUGCAUCAAUGUGCUGAGCCAUCGCACUUUGACUCAAUGAGGACUGAUGGAACUACCAAGCACAGAUAUGGUGUGGAUAAAGUCUUCAUCAAGCAGCUGUUGUUCCUCCUCAAGAUCAUGAUACCCAGUGUCUGGUCUCCUGAAGCAGGCCUCUUGUUUUUGCACACCUUGACCCUGAUAGCAAGGUCUUUCCUUUCAAUAUAUGUGGCCAAUGUGGAAGGCCGGGUAGUGCAGUUCAUUGUAAGAAAGGAUAUUCGCAAUUUUUUGUUGAUGCUGCUCCAGUUCAUAGGUGUUGCUUUGCCAGCCACAUUUGUGAAUUCAACUAUUCGUUUUCUUGAAAGUCGCUUGACAUUGGCAUUUCAAUCCCGCUUGGUCAUGUACACAUACAACUUAUACUUCAAGAAUCAAACUUACUAUCGUGUGUCUAACCUGGACUCCAGAUUAGAGAAUGCUGAUCACUGCUUGACAGAAGACAUAUCUGAAUUUUGUGGAAGUGUGGCUCAUCUCUACUCACACAUCACAAAGCCUCUUCUUGACUGUACAAUCAUCACAUGGACUCUAGCUCAGAUGACUUGGGGGAUUGGUGGCAGUGCCUUGCCAGGAUGGGUGAUAUCAACAGUGGUGAUUGGACUCACAGGGCAGAUCCUCCGUUUCAUAUCUCCCAAUUUUGGGAAAUUAAUUGCAGAGAACUCUGCUCUGAAGGCAUAUCUUCGUUAUAUUCAUUCCCGCAUCAUUGCCAAUGCAGAAGAAAUUGCCUUCUACCAAGGGCAUGAGGCAGAGCAUGGCCUCCUGAAGCGAGCAUAUUUGGCGAUGAUAAGGCACAUGCAUCUUAUUCAUGAAAAGCGUCUCUGGUACAUCAUGAUUGAGCAGUUUCUCAUGAAGUAUGUAUGGGGUGCUGCUGGGCUCAUCAUGGUGUCCAUCCCUCUCCUCACAGCCAGCAAAGAUCUCUCUCAUGCAAGUAAGAAACAUUUCACUAGGAUUAGUCAUAUGUCAUUGAUAGAUUGUAUUAAAGAGAUCACAGAGCUGGCUGGUUAUACAGCACGUGUGACAACAAUGAUCCGUGUCUUCCGUGACAUGAGCCUAGAGAAAUAUGAGAGACCAUCAGCCAUCUCUCCUCGAAGCCACAAAGCUGCCAUCGACAUUGGACUUACCAUCAUCAAUGGUACUCCUCGUAUUGAAGGCUUGGUGGAGAACAGUCCAGACAACACAAUCGUGUUAGAGGGAGUGCCCGUUGUGACCCCAAACUGUGAUGUGGUUGUCCCAAGUCUGACAAUCACUGUCUCUCCCUUGAUGCAUCUAUUAAUUUCUGGACCCAAUGGCUGUGGGAAGAGCUCCCUCUUCCGCAUCAUCUCUGGCCUUUGGCCUGCUUAUAAGGGACACCUGCGUCGCCCACCUCCGUCAUCACUCUUUUAUAUUCCACAGAGGCCAUACAUGUCAAUUGGGAGCCUUCGGGACCAGGUGAUCUACCCAGAUACUAAGGAGGAGAUGGAACGAAAGGGGUUCUCAGACUCAGACCUGGAAAAGAUGUUAGACCUGGUUCACCUGAGACACCUAGUGAAUCGAGAAAGGAGCUGGGAUGCCAUUCGUGAUUGGAAGGAUGUUCUCAGUGGGGGUGAGAAACAGCGCAUGGGCAUGGCACGUAUCUUCUACCACAGGCCAGUAUAUGCAUUACUGGAUGAGUGCACAAGUGCAGUGAGCAUUGAUGUGGAGAGUUCCAUCUAUCAAGCUGCUAAGGACAUUGGGAUCACCCUUCUCACCAUCACCCAUCGUCCAUCUCUUUGGAGGUUUCAUACACAUGUACUCCAAUUUGAUGGGGAGGGUGGAUGGCGCAUGGAGCCAUUGGACACAAGCACUCGCCUCACUCUGAGGGAGGAGAAGGAGAAGCUUGAGAGCCAGUUAGCCGGCAUUCCACAGAUGCAGGAGCGUCUCAAGGAGCUGUGCAAUGUGUUGGGUGAAGAUUCAGUGCUCUUGGGAGUGCGGGAAGAGGUUCCUGUGGAUACUUCAUCUCCGUCUGAGUCCAACCUUUCUGAUUGAUAUGUUCACCGCUCUGCAUCCCAAGUUUAUCAUUCCUCAUGUUGCCAAAGGCUUUCUUCAGUUACCAAACAUGAGUUGGGACGACAAAGGGGC